UACUGCGUAUCGCCGAGGGCAUGCAGACCGCAGACGACUGGGACGUACUCAAGCGAAGGUUCAUCGCCGCGGUGGGGGCUGCAGAACGCGAAACCUUCGACGACGCUGUUCACAUCUUCCCCACGAACGCCCUCGCCGACGACUGGAACUGGCGGCGGUUGAACUCUCUAGGAACCCCCAUCGCGAGAAUCAACGCCACUCACACCAUCCACGGCUACAACGCGGUGUCCUCCGAAAGGUUCAGGGGCUUGCAAUCGCACAUCUUUCUCGCCAUCGGCGCGCGUGUGUUCGUCAACAACAACAAUUGGGUCUCUGCCGGCCUUGCCAACGGAGCCGUCGGGGAAGUGGUGCACAUGCAGUGGGCAGAGGGCCAAACGCCGCCACAACUGCCGGAGGUCGUGUGGGUUCGCGUGGAGAACUACCGGGGUCCUCAAUACUUCGAGCAACCACUCCGGAGGGACUGGGCCGACGGCGAAAUUGACCUCACGAACCUCUGCCCCAUCGCCCCCAUGGACGUCAUGGAUGAUCAACCACCCACGGGUCGCCGGAGAGGUGACGGCACCUCCAUCGCCCGCUGCUUCAGGAUGCAGUUGCCCUUGAUGCUCGCCUUCGGUAUCACCAUCUACAAGAGUCAGGGCAACACCUUGCUACGCUGCUUCUUGGACAUCGGAGCAAGCGAGAGGAGCGACGGACAAUCCUUCACUGCCUUCAGCCGGUGCCGUACGCUGGAGAACAUGCUCCUCGAGCCCUUCUCCCUUGAGCGCUUCCUCAAAAUAGGCGACAGCCGUUCCUUCCAGUCACGACUCAACGCCAUCGACCACGUGCGGACAGUCGAGGACCGUACACGUCGUCAGCAUGGCUUGCCGCCCAUCGUCAGAACCGCUCGGCCCCCGAGGACACGACGGAGGGCGGGCCGCGGAGGAGGGGGGCGAGGAGAUGGGGGGAGGCAGGGGGAAGUGCAAGGCGGCCGUGGUGGACGGGGUCGCGGGGGGCAGGGCCGAGGCCGGCGUGGGACGGAGAGGCCAGGCCUUUCUAUCGCUCCGGCCGUCGUUUCGUGGGAGGUAUACGCGGUUCGCCAAAUGCAGAACUCCCACACAGACUCCUGGGUGUACGUACCCUUCCUCCUCGACGCUUUUGGCGUAGAUCGAUAUGUGCUCUUCGAUAAGCCAGCCUGGUGGGAUUCCGCCGUGGCAGCCUGUGCUGUCGCCCUCCAGGACGCCGGCCAACACCCAGAAGGGAAUGUCAAGGACUUGCGAACCUGCGCGCAGCGUGAAGAUGGAGUGGACGCGUAUGGGAGUAACUACGUUACCGCCUCCAGACAGAGUCAACUCAUGGAGGGUCACCCGAUCGGUCAAGGGCUAGGCCUGAUGGUGGUCGCCUGGCGGAACGCAAUUGAGGUGGCCAAGCAACAGCUCCAACUGCCGAGAGUAACCGCCGCCCAAGUUGGCCCAGCAGUCGUACCCACCUUCAUGGCCUGAGCUUUUUCGUUGUCGUGCUGGGUUUGCACCGUAUGUAGUUAGGUGGGUCUGCAUGACAUUGUUUAGGCAACAUGCCUCUCGCG